UAAGAUGCCUUCACAGUGAAAGUUCUCACAAGUAAAUAAACAUUACGAAAGUUUUCCCCGUUUUCCCCUCGAACAGUCGCAAUUUUUGCGUGAUGUGAUGGUGGCCACCUGCAGUGCCGGGUUUUGCCAGCAAGAGCUGGGUGCUGGGAUAACGUGGUUUCUCUUUCCACCCCAGCCAAACCGCAAGCGUAUCUGGAUGCAGCGCCUGCAGGUAAAGGAAGAUCCGCAGCGACCGUACAUGUUGGCCUGCAGAAAACAUUUCUCUGAGGCACAGUUUCGUAAUUCUGUCAAUGGUAAACAAUUAACUAGCGAUGCCGUUCCCGACAUGUUCAUUGUUGAAGAAGAAGACUGUCAAGACACUGCGUCGCUGGAGGAACCGAUUCCGUCCCCUCUUGUUGAAAAGCCUCUUGUUGAUUCGGUGUGUCGCUUAUGUUUAGUUCGAAGUGACAAUUUACAAACACUUUUUCCAAUGAAAGAAACAGACGAUUGCAUUGGUCCGUCAAUAGUUUUACGUACUUUGGGAGUAAAGAUUGAAUUAAAAGCGGAUCUACCGAGUGGGUGCUGUCUGACCUGCAUAAACACGAUCAAAAGUAUCAGGUGCGUUCGCGAACGCUUCCAGGAAACGGACUGGGCAAUGCACCAGAACUUUGAAGCGGCCGUGGAAGCAGCAAACCAAACAGAAUCACCGACUCCAUCAGAAACUCAGGCAGAAAAUGCCGACACGUUGCAGCUCGAAAUUUAUGAAGAAGCCCGGGACGGCGAACAGGCAGACGAUGACACGGAACUCACGGUUGUGGAAGUGGAAGAUUUGCGCUAUGUUCAACCAAUGGCGAAGAGAAGUCGCCUAGGGAACUCUCGGUGACCCAAAGAGGUAAACCGGGGUGAAUCUCGGUUGAAGGUUCCUAAAAUCAACGGUUAUCCGAAUGUUUUUUUAACAUUGUGUGAAAUGUUAUUUUUGGUUAUUUUAAUCUGUCUAUGUGUGCAAAAAUAUAAUAGAAAUACUCGAUCGAUUCAAGUUCAAUCAAAAAUAGAGCAUCGUAUGCUAUGCUCGAAUAAUCAAAACAUGCACAACAGAUCGAAUAAUGCUCUCGAAGACAGCAAUAACAUAAAGAUAUAAAUCUAGAACUGCGGAUUCAUGUUUUUCUAAACAUUUUAUAAAUAGAAUAUUCAUAUAUUUUUUGAAUCACAAAA